AUGUUGUCAAAUACCAAAUGCUCCGUUUUCCGUGGCCUUGUGCUCUGCCUGUGCCUCAACGUGAGCUUCGCGAAUGUGGUGCGCUUCCCACGAGAACUGGACCGCUAUGGAUCGGCGUAUCUGGUGCCGUAUGUGGUUUUGCUCUUUCUAGUCGGCCUGCCCAUGAUGCUGCUGGAGAUAUCUGUGGGUCAGUUUCUGGGACAGGGGGCGGCGCACACUUGGCGCGCCUCGCCCAUAUUCAAAGGCGGCAUGCAACCCCCGCGUUAUAACUUUAAGCUGCGCGUGUGCAUGUGCAGGACCCCCGUGCCACACGGAACCGCCUCCUCUCCGUCCCCGACCCAGCCAUCAGUGGGUAGACGGGCAUCGGUAGCACCAGCUCCGGGUCAGGCCAAGGCCGACUUCCAACACGGCCAAUGGCCAAUGGCCAAUACGGGCCAUCAGUCCAUUAGAUGGUAA